CACUGUCUACUCAUCUAUCACACAACACAAACCCAUACAUACAUCUGGAAACAGUACUAGUCAUCAUUAUUUAUUCGUCAUGCACAGCAAAGAACAGAUUGGUCAUGAUGAAUACCAGAACACAGCCGAUUGGCUGAUGUCUCACACAAAGCAUCGCCCCCUGGUGGCGAUCAUUUGCGGUUCUGGACUGGGAAUGCUUGCUGACACACUUAAAUGUCAAGACUCAUUUGAUUACUCUGACAUACCAGGCUUUCCUCAAAGCACAGUGCAGGGUCAUGCAGGGCGCCUGAUUUUUGGGGAGCUGAAGGGGAAGUCAUGUGUUUGCAUGCAGGGGCGAUUUCACAUGUACGAGGGACAUUCACUCCUUAAGACAACCUUUCCCAUUCGGGUCUUCAAGCUGAUGGGAGUGGAGACACUGAUAGUGACAAAUGCUGCCGGCUCAUUGGCUGAUGUCCUGCAGCCUGGUGACAUCAUGAUCAUCAAAGACCACAUAAAUUUCCCUGGGUUGGUUGGUCUGAACCCACUGUGUGGGCCCAAUGAUGACAAGUUUGGGCCACGCUUCCCAGCUAUGUCAGGUUGCUAUGACAAAGGGUUGCGUAGCCUCAUGAUGGAGAUUGCCAAGCAGAUGGGUGUUGCUGGCCUUGUGCAGGAAGGUGUUUAUGCCAUGGUGGGUGGGCCCAACUUUGAAACCAUUGCUGAGGCCAAACUGUUGCAUCGACUGGGAGUGGACGCAGUCGGUAUGAGUACAGCACCUGAGGUCGUUGUGGCAACUCACUGUGGUCUAAGAGUCUUUGGUCUUUCUCUGAUCACAAAUAAGGUGGUAAAGAGCUACGAGGACUCUGAAAGCGUGAACCAUGAGGGCGUCCUGGAAGUUGGUCGGUUGCGCUCUCACACUGUGCAGCAGCUGGUGACUGAACUGAUCAGCAGGAUGGAGAUCAAUAACAAUGAAAACACAAAUAAUGCUUCCUGAACUAACAAAGACAGCUUUUUCUUGUUAUAUUUUUAUUACCAACGUGUGUGUGUUUUUUUUUUAUCUUUGCUAAAUUGAAAACCUUAUUUAUGUCACUAUGGUGGCUACCUGUUGUUCAUCAAUCUAAAUGAGAUUAUUCAUCUAUGAUAGUUGAUAUAAACAACAAAAAAUAUAGAACAAUAACUGUGUUUAAUGGUGCUUUAUUGAAACAACUUUGAUAAAUGUUUUGUACACUGUCCUUGAGUCAAUAAAGUUUAUGUUGUGAAGUAUGCCA